GCGCCUGCUUCACCACCUUGAAUGAGAUCGUCUCCUCGCCGGGCAUGUCGCAGCGCAUAACACUCAAGAACGAGAAGAAGAACAAGAAUGCGGGUGUACUGUACAUCACGGCCGAAGAGAUGGCCGAGACUCAGAAGACCAUUACCAUGCGCUUCCACGCUACGGAUCUCGAUGGGAGGGUAUGCCAUGCCUAG